AUGUUCGCUGUCUCCCCGGAGAUGCAGCGGUCUCGUCAACCUCUGAUACAGGACCUUGGAAGACCGGGGGCCCGAGCCACUCUGUAUGCAAGGGUCAAGGAGGAUCUUGAAGACCGGGGGCCCGAGCCACACUAUACUUUCCAAGAGAGGGACUUGAGAGAGCGGGACAGGGAGCUUACCAGUGUGGAGGACGUACGGGGUGGACCUGGUGUUGGUAUCAGAAACAUCGAGUUUGGCCCUAGAGAGUGGACCCGGGGCGGCGGUACUCAGUACACGUCUGGUGCAGAGCUCAUUCCUUCCAGCGUCGCAGCGGGUUCGAGCACUCAAAGCCAGGUGCUGGCGGUCCCGGUCGUUGGGACGGAAGUUCCCUGGGCGAUGACGCCGGAUACCGCCAAUACUUACGCCGCCGGAGCGGUUGUGACUGCCAAUGAGGAUCCAGUAAUCGUGGACGAUAGCGUCACGAUCAGCGACACUAAGACGUCACAACCGAUAUUCACCAUUGACGUCUGGGAUGCGGACACAACCGACCUCGUGGCGGUUACUUCAGGUUUCAGCGUCACGAAGACUGCCGGAAGUUCCCUUUUUUCGGUGUUUAAGACUGCCACGGGAUCAUCCAUUACAACAACCGUAUCCUAUCCAACAACGGAAACAUCAACAUAUACAAAAGCGAAAGAGUGUCCCGGUGACACAGACAAAAUGGGCACCGUCUGGAUUCCUGAAAGAAUAGGCUUCAGUAAAAAACUCGCGUGCCGAGAACGGUACAACGGAACAAACGGAAAUAUCACACGUUACUGUGACAUGAACGGCGUUUACCGGGACCCGGUUUACAAUUGCACGCGUGACUCAAUCCAGAAAAUAUACGACGAGCUGCUUACCGAUCGGGUAAUUAAUUCGGAGAUACUUAGCGAAUUAGCCAACGUAACCAAGAAAAAUACUGAACAGCUGAUGGUCGGAGAUGUCGAAAAAGUACGCUCGAUUCUCCAGAAAGCCGCACUUGACCAGGGUCAGAAUAACAUAGAACCGCAACGAUACACCUAUGUGGAGUCUUUCUUAGAUGUGGCAAACACACUUUUUGACGAGAAAAUUGCCUCAACAUGGAAAGUUUUAGUUAAUAAGACAAGAACUGGUGCCGAUUCAAUUGUUAACCUCGUGGAUAAGUUUGUGUCCAACAUGGUGAAUCAAUCGAACGGAACAAUUCACAAUCAUACCUUCAUUAAAUCAAACUUGUUUGUAGCAAUAUCAAAAACAUCUGACUGUUCAAAUGUAAAUUUUCCACGCGACACAUAUGUCUACUACAGCAAGGACGGCGGGGACGAUUCAUGGGCUAUAGGUCGUUCAGACUAUAUACGUGUCCCAUGCAUGAAAGAUCAGGUCUACAGCGGAGUUGUUUAUCGCAAUAUUUCAAGUAUCGUUUCUUUGAACUCCGCCAGUGAUAGGAAAUGGGAAAAGACUGUGAAUGCGCCAGUGAUUUCGUUCGUCUAUUUAUCCAGUACAACUGCUGUAACACCCGUUGAAAUAUCAUUCGAAAUAUAUAAUCAAAGCUUGUCAGACCCUGUUUGUGCUUAUCUUCAAUUCAAUGGAAGCGGUGGUCCUAAUAUCUGGUCUACAGAAGGCUGCUCGCUGACCUCCUUUGACAGGAACACUGGCAUUGUGACAUGUACGUGUAGCCACCUGACUAACUUCGCCGUGCUGAUGAGUCCAGCGGCACACGCUCACAGCACUGCUUUGGGGAUGUUCUCUAUAAUAGGAUGUUCUAUUUCAAUAGUCGGCCUUGCUCUUACCAUCAUCGUACAUCUUGUGUUCUGGAGAACGCUCUCGUCAGACCGGACUAUUGUGCUUAUGAAUGUAUGCCUUAUAUUCUUAAUGGGCUAUAUUGUGUUUCUGACCGGAAUCGAGAAAACAUCAAAUUCGACUGUAUGCACAGUCAUCGCUGUGGUCCUGCACUACACGUUCCUCGUCGUGUUUUUUCUGAUGUUGACUGAGGGAGUCAUGAUCACCUACCUGGUGCUUAGCCCGUUCCGAAAACGGCGCAUUGUUGUGCCGUUAAUCAUGGCUGCAUACGCCAUUCCAAUUCUGAUAGUUGGAAUUUCGAUGGGCGUCACACGGCUAAAAGGAUACGGAAACGAGUCAUUUUGCUGGUUGACGGUCGAUAGUGGUUUAUUUUGGGCGUUUGCUGGACCAAUCAUUGUAGUCGUCGUUGGUAAUAUUGUAAAUCUUGUGAUUAUCCUGAAGUUUGGAGUCUUUGGCAUUUCUGCUAUGGCAAAGAAAUCGGAUCUGGAAAAAAUCAAGGCGGGCGCAAGGAGUGUUGGUGUGCUGACUCCCAUGUUUGGUAUCACGUGGCUUAUCGGCGUAUUUGCAGUCAAUGACACCACAUCGGUCUUCCAGUGGUUAUUCGUCAUACUGAACUCACUACAGGGUCUAAUGAUAUUUAUUGUUAAGUGUCCACUGGACAAAAAGGUUCAAGACGCCUUCAAUGAGAAACGCCGACGAUUGUUUUAUGUUGAAAGUAGCACUUCUGAAGAAAACACCAAAAACGCAAAAAAUCAUUACAAGAUGCGAAGCAGAUGGGCAAGACGUGGGAACAGCUCGAAAGAUUCGCCCAGAGCCGAAACUUCUGGAGGCGACUUGUCGGCAGCCUAUGUCUCAGACGGGACCACAUGCGAAGUUGAGAUGAGAAACUAA